GAACAGUGUAGCACGUUGUUGGGCGAACUCCGGAGAUCCGCCAGAAUCAUGUCCGCUCAAGAAUUUUCUGCUCCGGAAAUUGACUGGGAUUUGGAAAACUGGUUGUCCCAAAUUGAUGUGGACGACGCCGAGGACUUUAAACUGAGCGAUAUUCAGAAAGAAUUCCGUUUAUUGCCUCCAGUUGACAGCAAACAAGUCACCGAAUACCAGCAGUCACGCAGACAACCAGACAACUCGCAGCGCUACAAAAUGGGGCGUCAAAACAUGGAAUGAGUGGAAAGAGCAAAACAGAUGACUGAUAUCGCUGGGAUAAAAGGUUAUCAUACUGGGCAUUCAGGAAAGGUUACACAGGCAACCACGCUGUUCCGGCAAAAUUUCGACGAGCAGCUAAUAGCAGAAAGAACGGGUCACUCCAGUCUAGCAAUUAGAAGCUACAAGCGGACGAGCGACGAGCAGACGAAAGCGGUGUCAGACGCAUUGCAGCCACCCAAACCGAAAACUGCGAAAGAAGCGAAAACGCAUGACAUAUCCACCACUCCAACAGACGAGGACAAAUAUAAUACCACUGUCAUAACCGAUUCUUCCCAAGUGUCCGUGAAUUUUGUAAAAGAAAAUAUGAAACUUGAAAUACGUUUUUAA